AUGGAUGAAGUCGAGGAGAUGGCAGCUCGAGAGCCACUCUGGGCGCAGACACUCAUGCUAGACACGGUUACGAAGGAACACCAAAUCAGAGAGGAUUUUGCAGUGUCUACAUACGGUGCCGUCCCAAAGAUCACUAACGAAGCCUGGUAUGCCCGCCGGGGAUACACACCGAUCAAGAUCGUGCCGAACUACUAUGACGUGUGGGAUGGAAACGGAAACAGGUGGGAUAUAGAAAUUGUUUUCAUGAGAAAGGACAUUUAA